UUAAGUCUCUGCCUCUCUCUCGCUUUUUCUGUUUCUCCUUAACAUACUCGCGCCCAGAUGUCAAUCGGCGGUUUGUUCAAGGAACCCCACUGCACAAGAUGCUGAAUGCACGCUUCCAAGCACUUCGCGAUCGGCGUCCAGGGCCGCGAGCAGUGCAUGCUUCAGAGAUCGCCGGUAAAACAACUGGGGCUACCGGCGCCGAGAGCGGGAGUAGGAAACGCCAGACAGUUGCACGCCAAAUCUAUCCAAUAUUUGUAUUGAAUCUGGUGUGCCCCGCAUUUAUUUACGACGUGACAUUUGAUUCGUCAAAGACUCAGAUUGAAUUCAAGGAUUGGCAUGAGGUCCUUGCCUUUUUGGACGAUGCGUUGAGCAAGGUAUGGAGCAGAGGUCCUCCAUGCAUCAACGAGGAAAACAUAGCAUCUCAAGAUGAUGCUGGGAAUCAGUGUGCUUCAGCUGACACUGGAGGUCUAGCAGAGUCCACUCCACCAGUGAAAAAACGCUCUAGGAAGCCAUGGCAGCUUGUUGACCCAAACUACAAGCCAAGUUACCUAGUUCAGAAAGCCUUGAGAGAUGCUGCCGAUCACGCAAAGGAAUCGGCCACUGAACGUGCCGCAACUUCUGGCGUUAAGAGCGAUGGAAGACUCGAAGGCGGUACAGGACCUCAUGAAAUGGACGAAGCUAUUGGAGGGAUGCCGGUGUAUGGCAUGCGAAGCCGCCAACCCGAUCCUAAGGAUGGAAACUCUACUUUCGACAUCGGCCUCGGAAUGGAGGAGAAAGAUUUGCUCAGCGAUGAUGAACCAGCAAGCCUGAAGUGCAGGAGAACAGCAGAGAAAAUCAAGCCCACUGGUAGCUCAGAGUUGAUGUUGCACAAAAAGACUGCUGGCCUAGUAGUUGUCGAUAAGGAGAAUGACCUGCCAUCAUCCGCAGACCCUCUUCUCAGUAGUCCUAGAUGCAGUCGGUGGCUUGCGCAGAAGAAGAAGAAAUGGACGCUGCCCAAGGUUCAUGAUGGUGAGGAUAUCUCAAAACUGAAUCCAGUCGUAAAUCGCAGUCCAGAUUCGAAUGAAGAGGAGGAUGUGUUUGGGAAAAGUGCGGAUUUCAGCUCGUGUGAGAAUGAACUCGAGGAGAGGGAUUGUCUGGCUCCUUCAACUUUCAAGUCGUUGGGCGAGUUUGCACUAACCUCUCCGACGCGAAAAUCCGUUGCCAAUCGUAGUAGACAUCUGGGAAGCCAAGGAGGGUUUAAGGCAUUGUUCCCUGUAGAUGGUCAGGGGACUGCCCUUUUGACUCCGAACAAGAAACGGGGAGGCACUUCCAACAGCAGACGACUUUCAAGGCCGUUGUUAGACAUCAUAGAUGAUGAUACAUUCCCUUUACCCAGUGUAUCAGAUCUGAGUGAUGAUGCCCAUGAGGCCAAGGUAAAAAAGGACCCAGUCACAUCUGGCAGCCUUGGCAAAGCAAAGGGAUGGGAACCUGAGCCUGAUUUUUUUGACAUUAUCAAAGAGAAGAAAGCAGGAGACUUGGAUCUGCUCACAGACCUAACUGGAGGAAGGCAAGAAAAACUAGGUGUCUCAGUCGAUCGUGAAAGACUCAGCUUCUCCGGUGACUGGGAAGAACUAGGACGAGAGCAGAAUUUGCCUCAAUGGAAAAGUGCUGCAGACAUAUGUGGCGAUAAACGCGUAGUACAGCUUGAUGAUUUUCCUGCGUCUGUUUUGCCAUGCUGUUCGGACGGUGUACGAGACGAUAAGCAAGGAGUAGAGCUUGAUGGUUUUCCUCCCUCUUGUCUGCCACGCUCUUUGGAUGACAAAGCCAGACCAGGGGAUAAACGCGGCACAGAGCUUGGUGAUUUUCCUGCCUCCAUUUUGCCACACUAUUUGGACGACAUACGUGACGAUAUACACGGAGUAGAGCUUGAUGAUUGUCCUGCCUCUUGUCUGCCCCACUCUUCAGAUGACCAUGCCAGACCAGGGGUUAUGUUCUAUGGAAGAGAUCAUCGUAGCAGCCCCCCUACUCGACACGCUCCUUUCCCUGACGUGUUGCUGUCAUUAGAAUGGCCAUCAGGAAGUUCAUUGGAUUCAAAUUUGACAAGGGUAAAGGCGAGGGAAAGAGGAGCGGCGGGCAAUCGCUCUGACGCUGAACCAAGUGUGGACUUCAGGGCCUUGGUGGCAGCUCAGUUCUCUCCAGAUGUAUCGGGUACUACUUGUCAUAAGCUGGUGAAGUAUCCCACCCUUGAGAUCGACUGCGAGCUGGACACUGAGAACAGGAUUAGCAAACAGCUUGACCUGGAUAUACAUUCCUGGUCCCCUCUAGGAACUCCUGCAAGAAGGGAAAUCCAGGGGACUUCACAUAAGACAGAAUUAGUAACUGCUUGCCUCUCCAGUAAGUGGGAUGGGACUGACGUAGAAUGUUCUGAGAAAGGUGACAGAGGACGGCAAAGGGAAACACGUCGAAAAGACGACAAUAGCAUGCAAAAGAGCGUUUAUGGUGCCGAGAUGAGCCUUAUUGCUAGUAUGCGGAACAUCGACUGUGACAUCAUCAACCUGGAUUGUAGCAUGCAAACAAUCAAUUAUGGUGACACAAACCUUGGCCAUGAUGUUGAGAAGACCGAUUACAAUGUUUUGAAUGUCGCCGGUACUUCAGAACUUCAUGCAAGGGGAAGCGCAGAGAAUACAAAUGAGGACCAGGACGAUGGUGAUGGACUCCCUGGUUAUUGGUCAGGCAGCGAUGACUCAGGUGGCUUGCUUCCAUGUUGCUCUCCUCCUCGUCAGUGGAAGUUGGACAAUACAGGUCAACGGGGAGCUGAGAUGAACAAACCCGAACACCAGAAGGCUGUCAGUGAAGAGGAACUGGAUAAGGCAUUGGAAUCAUUGAGGAAGCAGAGUGCGCUGCAUAGCAGCGAAUCAUUGAGGAAGCAGAGUGUGCUGCAUAGCAGCGAUGAUCCACCAAGCGAUGUAGUGGCUUGCCAGUAUGCACUUGUGGUGGAGGAAAAGUCGUCUACGGAAAGGAGGGAGCCGAGAAAAGGCGGUGAAACGAUCCCCCGUUGUUGUGAUCAAAAAGAGGAGGGGAGCACCAAAACACACCGGCAUUCAAAUGAGGAUGGGAGCGCAGGGAAGGGUUUCUCAAGCAGCGAGCAAAAGGGCGACUCUUCGUCUCAACGACCAAUUAAAAUAGAUGACAAGCAGGAGGAGGAGGAGGAGGAGGAGGAGGAGGAGGAGGAGGAGGAGAAUUGCCAGGGAUUGGUUUCCGGUCACGUUGAGCAUGCUAGCACAGGAAAAGGGGUUGAUAGCAAGCCUCCAAAACCGCUGCAAGAAAAGAGCAUGAGAGACCGUUCUCGGGUUUGUGGUACGGGUGACUCCGAUCGCCAAUUGCCAAUUCAGAAGUAUCAGAGAGAGGAUGGUGAUGACACUGGCAUGGAGGAAAGAACACAGGCUGAUCUGGUGAAAGUUACAGGGACCGUGAUGACAACGGCGGUAGCAGUGGAAGAGCCAUUGAAGCAGAAGAAUGAGGAUAUUGUACAUGUUGGAGAAGGAUUUGCUGCAGCUGGAGGCCUGGCCGAAGCUCAUACAACAGGAAUACCAUCAUUUGCAGGAAAGGCCGUAGGCACGGAUCCCAGUGAUAUGUUCCAAUCUGAGGUAUUUCACACAGAACAGUUGAUGAAAGACAGUUCACCUUCAGCGGAAACUAGGAGGAAGAGGAGGAGAACCGGCAGGGGAAGAAGGGCUAUUUCCUGGCCUUUCACCUCCUUAUCCAGGGCGGAUGCAGAAAUCGAGACGAGGUUGGAACACCAGAUGAUAGACAACUCAAGAUUUCAGUCUUGGUUGCGGGAAGAGACGAAUGGAAGAUCCUCUUCAGGAGAAGGUUAGAGGAUAAUCACUUCCCUUUGGACAUUCGCUUAUGAUAACAAUGCCCACAUUAC